GAAAUGGUGUAUGUCCCGGCUACCAUCUCUGCUGAGACUUGGAUCAUUUCUAAAUUUAUCACGAAAACAGCCUCAAGGAUUGACACAUGACAUAACAAGUCCGGACGUCAAUUCAAGCUAUCAUGCUGAAGCUCAGCUUCUGCCGUUCGGAACGUUGAUUGUCUUCGUCAAUGGCGUUGUAUUUUUACUUUUCGCUAAAAAUAAACGUUUAAGAACGCCAACAAACUAUUUUCUGUUCAGUCUGGCUGUGUGCGACUUUAUGACGGGGCUCAUCAUUAUUCCUCUGGUUAUUAUUGUGCUCACAAGAGUCAUUGCUCCCCCAUCUGGUGUCAUCGUGGGAUUUUUCGUGACUAUUCUUCACAACAUGUUAGUAGUUUUAGUGAUAUAUCACAUCUUCAUAAUAACUGCCGAGAGAUAUUUUUCAAUCGUUCACCCGUUUCGUCAUCGAUGGAAGACAACAAAGAUUUCAGUUUUGAAGAUUAUUGUUGUUAUUUGGUCGGCUGCGAUCGUAAUAGCUUUCCUGCCUGUCACGUGGUUUCAUGGUUUUAUUUAUUUUCAAGAGGACAUUUCAUCUGCAACUCUACAGAUACAAACGGGACAUAAUAUAUUCUGUAUAGUUUUCGUGUUCCUUUUGCCAUAUGUUUUAAUUGUUUAUUUUCAAGUCUCUUUAUACAGAAAGAUUAGACAAAGGACGUUCGUUAGCAAAAGAGAAAAACAAAAAUACACUGUAAACCACAAGGCUCAUAAUGUCAGGCGGAGUCUGAUAAUUUUUGGACUUAUGGCCUUGCUUUAUGCUAUCUGUUGGUUUCCUUGGUAUGUGAUCAGCUUCUUCAGUAGUCUCUGGUUCCCUCUCUCUGGAGAAACGCGAAGAACUUUGUCGAAAUUUGCACAUGCCUUUCUCAUCAUAAGAUAUUUAACCUCCAUUGUAAACCCUGUACUUUAUACAUUUCUCAAGAGAGAUUUCCAACAAGCUUUCAAGAUUGUUGUGCUAAGACGGAAUAUACGACAGGAGAGUAGUCACGCAGUGUAUUUGUCCCCCCGACAGAGACUGCCUCGCAAUGCUGACCUUGAAGGGUACGUGAACAUUGAGUAUGUUUCAACAGUGUAGAUUAAAACUAAUUGAAACACAGGCGGCCCAAGCUACAAUUGUGAGAUGAUCACCUUGCGAAAUAAGAGUCAUGGCGAAAUUAUAAGAGUUUGUAUGGGAAUUUUUUGUGACCGCUCGUAAGAAUUAAACAA